UCCUGGCGCCCUCAGCUGCCUCUUCUGCAGCCGGCUCCUCCUCUCCCUCCCUCCCCCUCCUCUAGCUCUCUACCCGCUAACUUUCCCGAGCCCCGGCCCGCGGCGCAGAGCUCCGCGGCAGCUUAGGGCCCACUGCAGACCGCGGACUGCCAGCGCUGCUGUGCUCUCUAUCCCAUCCCCGCGCCCCUGGAGCGCUCCGGAGAGAACCGAACGAUGCUCGGGGCUGGGCACCGAGGCGCAGCCCGGGCGAGAUGGCAGGGCAUUGGGCUUUUGGGUCUCUUCCUGCUUCCUGUGUCCCUAUCGCUGGAGGUGUCCGUGGGAAAAGCCAGCACCAUCUAUGCUGUCAACAGCACGGAAAUCCUGCUGCCCUGCACCUUCUCCAGCUGCUUUGGCUUCCGUGACCUUAGCUUCUGGUGGUCCUACAACGGUAGUGAAACAUUCAAGAUUCUCAUAAUUGGGUCUGUGAAGAAUGAGAAGUCUGACCCCAGGGUGCAUUUGAAAAACGAUGACCGCAUCACUCUGGAGGGCUCCACUAAGGAGAAGAUGAACAACAUUUCCAUUCUGCUGAAGGACCUGGAAUUCAGUGACACAGGCAAAUACACCUGUCAUGUGAAGAACCCCAAGGAGAAAGAUCUUCAGCACCAGGCCACCAUCUUCCUCCAAGUGGUUGAUAAACUGGAAGAAGUGGACAACACAGUGACGCUCAUCAUCCUGGCUGUUGUGGGCGGGGUCAUUGGGCUCCUCGUCUUCAUCCUGCUGGUCAAGAAGCUCAUCACCUUCAUCCUCAAGAAGACUCAGGAGAAAAAGAAGGAGUGCCUUGUGAGUUCCUCAGGAAAUGACAAUACAGAGAAUGGGUUGCCAGGUUCCAAGGCGGAAGAGAAACCACCAACAAAAGUGUGAGCCCCUGCUUGGGGCCAAGCAGCCACAGGGAGCCUCACUUUCUGAUGAUGAAACUGAUGCUUGAGCCAUGUCUGUGAACCCACGUGCCUGACACAUCUGCUGCUUGGCUCAAACUGUAGUCUUUCUGGGUGGGGAGAAACUAGGGUCUUAUCCAGCCUGCCCCACCCCCUCCCCAGCCAAGGCUCCCCAGGGAUGAGGGCUGGUCAGGGGAGGGGGCCGGUGGAAGGUUCAGGAAAGAAAAGGAGGGGCUCGGGCAGUGUGGAGGGCUGGUCCCCCAACACCUGGGUAGGUGGAUCUUCUUAAGUCUCUCCAUCCUAUACGAGCAAUGCCUUGGUUUUCAUCCAGACUUCUCUUCAAGAGAGAUUUGGGGUGGGGGUGGGGGUUCAGUGAGGGCUGCUCAAGCAAUUGGACUAUGUGUAUGGAGAACUAACCCUUUUGAUGGUAGGAGUGGCCUAGAGGACUCUGUACAGGGUCUUGGGAAGGGAGACUGCUGGAGGGGGGCCUACAGUGAAAGGCUUUGAUGGAUUCCUGACUCCCUCAUGUUUCUCUUGUGAGGCACUUCCCUUCCCCCCUCACCUCAGGGUACCUGAUUGCCUUGGGCCCACAACCCCUGCUCCCCCAACCCCUGCUGCUCUGAGUCUCUGAACCCUUCUAACUAGGGCUGGCCGCUUUGGUCUUGGUCCACCUAGCCUAUUCCUCUUAUCUCUGGGUUACUGAGGAGCUCAUGAAGGGGCCCCUCAAGCCUUCCUGGAGCACUGAGGCGCUGUAUAUGCCUUCCCUAGCAUUUCAGGACUGCAGAUAUGGAAGAACCAGUGUCCUGGGUUUGUUAGCCACUGGAAUGCCCAUCUCAGCCCUGCCAAUGCUGGCCACCCCUUCUCCCUGGUAUGGCAGGACCAUCGCCACUCCUGGGAACUCCCAAGCCUGGCUCUGCCCUGCUCUUUUUCUGAAGCAACAGGUGGCGUUAUCUUUUUUGCACCCUCAAACCCUCCUCUCCCGUUGACUUGCUCCUCCCAUGCCCCGCCACCACACCUUCUCCCCUGACUCAGCGUUGUUCAUCUCCAACCCUGGGUCAAGGGCUUGCCUUCACCUCAGGGAUCCUCUUCCUUUGGAUGAAAGGGCCCUUGGGUUUUCUGGCUGCUUCCUGCUCAGUUGUGCUACCCCCUCUCCCACCCCCUGGUUGGGGAGAAGUAGGGAGAAAAUGCCCACAGUUUUCCUUUGCUUUUCCAAGAACUGGUUUGCAUACCUCUAUGUGUGGGGCUAGACCGUGCCUUAGCUCCCAGGUCCUAGCUCAUACCCUCCCUCCAGCCCAUACAUAGCAGCCAACUCUGGUGGGGCACUGGUGAGGGAACAGCCCCACCCAGGGUUAUGCAGGAGACCAGGGCGUUGGAGUUGUGUCACCAAUGGCCCCUUGGCCAGUGACUGAGUCUUGGAGACAUCUGUCAAGUGCUCCUAUGGGGGCCCAUGACAAGGGAUGUACUGGUCUUGGAAGUGGGCCCUCCUGAUGGAAGUCCCAUCGUAUUGUCCCGGGGGGUGGGGGUUGGAAUGGGGAAGUGAGCGUUGGCAUGGAGAUGUGAUAAGGCAGGUUCUUCACCAUCCGUUCUCACUCCCUCACUCUCAUAGAAUUUUGGAGAUACUGUUCUCUGGGCCCCUUUUCCCAGAGUGUAUGGGGACCUCAGGACUCUCCCUGCUAUAAAAUAGCAGCAAGCUUCCCCAAGGGUGGAGACGGGGGGAGAUUGAGGAACAGCACCUGCAGAGUGCCAUGGCUAUGGCCUGUGGCCCCUGCCCAACCUGAUGUGCUCACAGGUUCAUACUCUUGUCUGCCUCUGUCCCACUUGUCCUUCCCCACCUAGAAGUAACCCUAGGCUCAGGUUCAGAUUUUCCCGGCUUUGGGAAUAGACAGACCAGAGCCACUAGCCAUUUGGAAAACUUUUUAUAGCUGCCAUCAUGCAAAACUGCUUUCUUCCUACUUAGCGUCUACAUUUGGUCAGGCAGUGUCUUGGGUUCCCCUUACUGAGGAAAGGUACACAUGAGAGCAGGCCCGGGCACACAGGGUGGCGAGAGGAAAAAUGUCAUCCUCUGCACUCCUGGGUCUACUGCUGACUAAGACGUGGGCCAUGCAUCUUCUCGGGGCUCAGCUUUCCCCAUCUAUAAAAUGGGUGUAAUAAUACUUACCUACCUCACAGGACUGUUGUGAGGCUUGGCGAGUUUUUGUGUAAAAAAUUUUGGGGGCUUGUAAAGGGAUCUAGGAGGCUAGGUAUUAUAAUUGGUGGAACUG